AUUUAGGAGUUUUCUACAAAACCAAAGUAUCAUCCACAGUUGGUAAAGGUGAUUUAGUCCAAAGAAAUUCUUUUCCAAUAAAGCGCAUAAUUUCCAAGUAAAGUCGCAAAGACAAAAACACCCUCAACGCUCUCCACUAUACUAGUACACUAUUAAACCACUCAAACAGUCAGAAAAGGCCAGAGUCAAUUUGAAAAACCUUUCCUCUUCAACCUUUCCUUCACUUUCCCGGUAAAAUGGCAAGAAAUCCUAGAAAGCAACAAAUUCCAGGUGUACUAUGGCGUGUUUACCAUCACCGAGCAAGAACCCUCUCGGAAACUAUCAUUUCACUGAUUCCUUCUCCACCUCGUUCUCCUUGCUUCUGCAAUGGCCAGGGUUGUCUUGGAUGUAGCUCCGAUGCUAUGUCAUUUCUUCUCAGACCUAAUGAUCCUUCUGAUUACCGUCAAAUGCUUCAGAACACCUAUGCCGUCAUUUCGGAACAUGCUCGUCCUCUUCGCUUUUUCGUUCCGUACUCACAUUGCCCCCAAAAAGAGAUUGUGAAGAGCACUAUUGAACUGAUGAUGUAUAAAGGGGACACAGCCUCCAAUGUGUUAUGCGCUGGUUAUGAUAGGAGUAACUGGUCAAGCCCUAAUGUGGAUCUUUUAUCCUGUGAACCUUGGCAUCUUCUGCUGCGUAGGGUUGGAGAUGAUCUUAUGGUUUACCUACUAAAGAAUACAUCAAUAUUCUUGCAAGUGCCCCAUGGAAAACACUACCAGGUGGCAGGUCCUUCAAUCAUUCCCUUAUGCUUUGAAAAGAUAGGGGAGUGUUCAUCAAAGUUUGACAAUCAGCAUCCUUCAGUUAAUAAAUGCGUAUCACAAAAGAGAAAAAGAUCUGCUGACAUUGAUGACGCAGCAGUAAAAAAACAAAAGUGUCAUAUUUCUUGCAAUAAGGAUGUUUCUGUUGGCUAUGCGAGCAAUCAGAAGGCUGACAAUGAUAAGCGUUAUGAUGUCAGUGUCUCUGAAGCUCCUAAGACUACAAAGACUGGGAAGCGACGAUCUAGACCUUUUCGUUGGAAGAGGCUUAGAUGCAAAAAGCAGAAACUGUCUAUUGUUGAAGAAGAAAAUAAAAAUAAUUUUCAGCAUGAAAAGAUGUUGCAGAGAUGUUAUUGUUGUUCAAUCUUACAUUCUCUUCCAACUCUUCCGAAUUGCACCGAUAUCAAUAGGAAGUGCAUAUUUUAUAGUACGGAGUCUUCACCCUCAGUUCUUCCGAAGAAACAUAUUUUACAUUCCAAGAAGCCAAAUUUGGCUUUUUCGAAAGAACUCAUUGACAAUAUUUUUGGAUUCCACGUUGUAAAUGCUGGUGCUCAACCAAUGCCAUGUUCCCACAACUGUGGUUCAUGUCUCAACGACUCGGCAUGCCUGUAUCACUCCCUCGUUAAAUGGUUUAAGAAUAUCAUUCGUAGGGCACGCUGUUGCCAGUCUGCAAAGUUCUUGGAUAAGCAUUGUGCUGUUCCAUCGUUGAAUCAACAUACAGAUGAAAUAUCUAGCUCCAGACGUGAGGACAAUGUAGCAGAGAUAAAUGCAAAUAAGAAAUCUCGAUCAUUGGAGUUUGAUACUCAACAAUGCUCAGAUACCGUUGGAGCAAUAGAUUCACAGAGUGAGGUAGUUAAGUCAUGCUGCUCAAAAAGUCAAGUGGUAUCUUUCAUAUGGGCUGUUUCUCGGAGUUUACUUCCUUCUGAAUUACUUGGUACUCCUUCUAAUUGGAGAAUAAUGAGGAGAAAUAUUUACAAGUUCAUACAGUUACGAAGAUUUGAAAAAUUCCCUUUAAAGCUAUCUAUGCAUGAGCUGAAAACAUCAAGGUUCCCGUUCUUGUCAGAUAAAUAUUUCUGUAGUAGUCAAAAUGCUUCGAUUCUUAAGUAUUCAGAAAAGCAUGAUAAAGUCCUUCAUAAGGAAGUCAGGAAUUGGAACAAUGAUGUACACAGUGUCAAACGUAAGCUUCUGGAAAGGUGGAUCUUCUGGUAUUAUUCUUUUCUGGUUGUCCCUUUGGUGCAAGCAAACUUCUAUGUUACUGAAAGUGCGCAAGGGAAACAAGAUAUUUACUAUUAUAAGAAACCAGUUUGGGAGAAGUUGACUAGAUGCACUAUUUCUUGCCUCAAAGACUCGAACUAUCGUCACUUGGAUGAUGUGGCCUUGCGUGAUAUUCUUGAACGUAGGCCAUUUGGGUUUUCAAAGCUCAGACUUCAACCUAAAGAAAAUGGAGUAAGGAUGGUGGCAAAUCUUAAAGGUUCUUCAAGAUUGCCAUUGGUUGAGUCCACUGCGGGAGCUCCAUAUUGCAAAAGUGAAAAGCAAGAAAAUCAUCAGAAAAUAGAGUUCCAAUCUGUGAAUGAUGUUCUUCGUGAUGCACAAGCACAUACUAUUCUUAAAGGAAUUCAGUUCAAGGAGCCUAAGAGGCUAGGUUCUUCAGUAUUUGAUUACAAUGAUAUUUAUAAAAAACUCUGUCCAUUUUUGGUUAACCAUAAAAAGGGAUUGACACCUAUGUCUUCUUUAUUCAUUGUCACGUCUGAUGUUUCGAAAGCAUUUGACUCUGUUGAUCAGGACAAGCUGCUUACCAUAAUGAAAGAUGUUCUUCGGGAACAUCAAUAUUUUGUCAGAAAGUAUGAUCGAGUUAUUUGCACAAAAAACUCUAUGUGGGUUAAAAAGAAAUUAUCUCUGCUGUGUGAAAUGAGCAACACUGGCCUUACACAGUUCAGAUCAUUAACGUCAUCCCGGCAUGCUGUCUUUGUUAAUCAGUUGCCGAGGUAUGUGAGCAAGGAAUUGCUAUUUUCAUAUCUAACAGAGCAUGUGAAGCACAAUGUGUUGAAGUUUGAUGGCAAAUUUUACGAGCAAGGUGUUGGUAUUUCCCAGGGUGGGAUUUUGUCAUCUUUGCUUUGCUCCUUAUAUUACGGGCAUUUGGAGAGAAAUGUGAUAUAUCCAUUCUUUAAAAGAACACUUGAAUCUGAAAGAUGCAAGGAGAAUAAUUCUGUCCAAACCAACAGCUGUGACUCAUCACCAUACCUUCUAAUGCGAUUUAUUGAUGACUUCUUUUUCAUAUCAAACUCAAAGAAGCAGGCUGCCAGCGUUUUCUCCAGAAUGAAAAGAGGAUUUCAUGCUUACAACUGCUACAUGAAUGAGAAAAAGUUUAGUGCAAACUUUGAUGUAGAACAGACACCAGAUUCCUCAUUGAAUAGGGUUUAUGUGGGCAAAGACGGCGCUACUUCAUUCGUUCGAUGGAGUGGUCUUCUUAUCAAUUGCUCCACUAUGGAAAUUCAAGCUGAUUACACAAAGUACUUGAAUAACCAUUUAAGUUCGAGCCUUACUGUUUGCUGGCAAGGUAAACCAGGCGCUGGUCUGAAGGAGAAGCUGCGUCUCUUUCUAAGACCUAAAUGCCAUCCUUUAUUCUUCGAUUCAAAUAUCAAUUCAGCAGAAGUUGUCAGACUAAACAUUUAUCAAAUGUUUCUGAUAUGUGCAAUGAAGUUUCAUUGUUACAUCCGUGACCUAUCAUUUGUUUGCAAACUUCACCAAAGAUAUUUUUGUUCAUCAACUAUUCAGAAAUCUUUGAGAUACAUGCACAUGCUGAUAAAGAGAAGGAUGCAUUCCAUGCGUCUGAGUUCUAGUAUCCGGCCAAUUCUCAAGUUGAAGAAGGCAGAGGUUGAAUGGCUUGGGCUUCAUGCUUUUAUUCAAGUGUUGAAGAGAAAGCAAUCACGUCACAAGAAGUUGCUUGCAGUUUUGAAGUCAAAAUUGUCGUCACAUAGAAUUUCUGGUAGUGUGUCUCCUGAACUAAAGUUUGCUGUUGAUGCCGAAAAUUCUUCAUUGCUCUGGAAAAUCAAGUAUUAACUCUAUAGGAAUAUGGUUAUGUGAGACUGGGUCUGAUUGGAAUGGUACAAGUACACAUUGUUUUUGUUUCAUAUUAAUAUUUUUUGAACGCCAGGUUUUGUAACAGUUACGAGUUACUGUUAUAUCAAGUAGAAUUGUGGAAGAAAGAACUUAAAAGACUAAAAAUAGGGUUAAUGUUUUUGGUCCCUAUAAAAUGGGGAUCAUCUAAUUUUUUUUGUUGUUUACAAUGAGUUGGAGAUUGAACUCAGGAUCUAUAGCGUACUACCCAAAUUCCUCACCACUAAACCAAACCUAGUGGUUUGGGAUCAUCUAAAUUUAGUUCUUAGUUAAUUUUUAUUAAAUUUUUAGUCCCUAUAAAAAUUUUCUUGCAUAUAAUUUUAAUCCCUACUAAAACUAAGUUUGUUUAGUUAUCAAUAAACUCUUCAAUUUUUGAAUGAUUUUUAAUAGGCGUGUUUAAAAUAUCAUAUAAAGUUAAUUUACAAAA